UUCUGUUGUAGCGUUCGUAACAUUGCGGAACGUUUUCGAACCUACAAACCACACUCUCUUCCGUUUCCCGUUUUUCCAAAAUGAAGAUCGGACUCUGUGCUUACAGUGGGUACAAAAUCUACCCUGGCCAUGGCAAAACCAUGGUCAAAGUUGAUGGAAAGACGUUCACUUUUCUCAACUCGAAAUGUGAGGCUGCUCAUCUCAUGAGGCGUAAUCCCAGAAAAGUUACUUGGACCGUUCUUUACAGACGCAAGCACAAGAAGGGUCAAGAAGAAGAACAGGCCAAGAAGAGGACACGGCGCACUCAGAAAUUCCAACGUGCCAUUGUUGGUGCUUCUUUAACGGAUAUUUUGGCCAAGCGUAACAUGAAACCAGAGAUCAGAAAAGCUCAACGCGAACAGGCUAUCAAAGUUGCGAAAGAGCAAAAGAAGGCUGCCAAGGCGACAAAGAAGGCUGCGGCACCCCCCAAAGCAAAGGCUGCGCCUAAACAGAAAGCAACCAAGGUUCAGCAAAAGGCUGCUCCUCGUGUAGGAGGCAAACGAUAAAUUGUAACUUAUUAAUAAAAUACUUGCUGCUUUCAAAAUUAA